AUGAUAGCGCAGGGUGUCUCGGGGCUCCUGCGAUCCUUGCUCAAUGGGCUGAGCGCGACCAAAUCUCACCUCAUCUAUCCACACAGGGCGGCUGGGCGACAUUGCAAGCUGACCACACAGGUGCCAGGAAGAGACCUCAGCACCACAAAAACGCUCCAGGAGGCCCCUGGGGAGCCAAGCUCUGCAGAGCAGGUAACUGUGCAUUUUAUAAACCGAGAUGGAGAGAAACUCACUGCCACAGCCAAAGAAGGGGAAACCUUGCUGCAAGUGGUUGUCAACCAAAAUUUGGGCAUUGACGGAUUUGGUGCAUGUGAAGGGACAUUAGCCUGCUCCACCUGUCACCUGAUUUUUGAAAAGGACAUCUUCCAAAAGCUGGAUGCCAUCUCAGAUGAAGAGAUGGACAUGCUGGACUUGGCUUACGGACUCACUGAGAGAUCUCGCCUUGGCUGCCAGGUGUGCGUUAAGAAGUGGAUGGAUGGUCUAACAGUGCAGGUUCCCAUGGAGGUGUCUGACAUUAGGAAGGAGCUGGAAGUUGGGAAUCAAAACAAACAGUAAUCAAAAACCAAUCCUGUACAAUCCAUUCCCUUGUUUUUGGUGUGGUGGUGGCACUUUGCUUUGGUGCCUUGCUUGCAGUAGACAACAGGGGUCUGUUUCAGCAUGUAUGACUGCUCAGCAAAUCUCUUAUUUAAACAAAGCUUAAUAUUAGGGUCUACAGUACAUGCUUUAAGUCCUUAAGUGAUCUGUGGAACGCAAUUGGACUAAAGGGAUAUGGCUUUACAUUUUCCUGGAUGGGUGACAGCAAACAUCUGUGCUAUGUGUGAUUUACUCUUUCUUUAAAAUUAAGUAUGUACUAUUCUGAGUAAUUACUGGUAAUUUUGCUGGGCUUGGCUAUUUAACCGCUGAGAGCUUUUUUCCCUCUUCAAGAUAUGAGAAGAGGCGGUUGUCCCAAAUACGUGGCUGUGUAUCAGCACUGGAUUUCUGACAGAGCAUCCAUGUGAGCAUUUUGUUCAGAAAGGGAACCACUUCAGCAUUUUGUUCGGAAAGGGAACCACUUUCUAUCAAUGUGAGAUAUUAUAUGUCACUAGAUUAGGUACCAUGAUUUGCCACUUUCUUCAAAUCUCAAAUGUUCCCAUUUCUGUAGUAUCAUAUAUGUCAAAUAAAAUUCU